UUCGUGGUCUGUAUGAUCCGUAGUGAACUUUUUGUAUGAUCCGCUUAACUUUUUGUAUGAUCAGCAGUGAGCUCAGCUUCGCUUUCAGCUCGAUAAAUGGGAUGCCGUUGAUAGAUCACGCUCCAAAGAAUCGUUCACUUUAUUGUCUUACCAGUGUUAGUGGCAGUGACACUCACAGCUUUCUUCAUUCUUCCAGCGCUGAUGGCGGCCACUGCUGUCUCGUUGGCGGGCAGGACCGCAUUGGACCCCUGCAAUCUGCUCUCUAUGAAAUUUGCACGGAAGACUGCGCGCUUCCACGUGAAGGCUUCUUCCGCACAUUCCACUGUUACCGAGCUUAAGAUUAAGUCCAUUCCUACGAAGCCAGUGGAAGGGCAGAAGACGGGGACCAGUGGUCUCAGGAAAAAGGUGAAGAUUUUCCAGCAGGAGAAUUACUUGGCAAACUGGAUACAGGCACUCUUCAACUCUUUGGACCCGGGGGAUUUCAAGGAUGGACUGCUUGUUCUUGGAGGCGAUGGGCGGUAUUUCAACCAAGAGGCCGCACAGCUCAUCAUUAAGAUUGCUGCGGGCAAUGAUGUUGGGAAGAUUCUUGUGGGCAGGGAUGGCAUUUUAUCAACCCCAGCUGUUUCUGCAGUGAUUCGAAAGCAUAAGGCCAAUGGAGGAUUUAUAAUGAGCGCAAGCCACAAUCCUGGUGGCCCAGACUAUGAUUGGGGCAUAAAGUUUAAUUACAACAGCGGACAACCUGCGCCAGAGUCUAUCACUGACAAAAUUUAUGGGAACACACUAACAUCGUAUAGAGACAAUCGUACAGAGACAGAGCACGUGAGACACGUAAGGAUAGUCCUGGAGACGUUGAGGGAGCACCACUUGUAUGCCAACUUGGAAGAAAUGGUCUUUUGCACAAUUUCAGGCGGAAUACCUAUGACAUGUGGUGAUCAAAACGAGGGUAGCUGUGGAUUAGUCCAAGAUCGAGGCUAUAACUGA